AAGAAUUGCAAGGUGUCCGGUUGGUUGAUGUCAGACUCACGUCGGUCAAAAGAGUCGAAAACGGUUAGAUAUGAGUUGAAUCAGAACACUUUUAAGUGAUCCGAGUGCAUACAGAGUGUUAAAUGUAUAAAAAGAAUAGUGGGAAUAACAAUUGAAAGAAAUAAAGUAAGGUUUCAUAUGUCCGAUUUUUUAUAAGGUUUACCUUCCGAUAUGUAACUAGGUAUUAAGGUUUCAUUUUUUUUAUUUUUCUAGGAUAUAAAUACUGGCUUGCGAACUUCUUGAACUUUAGACUCUCAGAAGAAACCAACUAAGUACAAAAUGAAGUUAUCAGUUUUCUCAACCAUCUGCGUCGUUCCAUUCGCUAUCCUCGGACUUAUCAACUCAGCUUCAGCUGACCACAUCGGUGCUUGCACUAAAGAUGAUGGAUCAUACGCACCUUACUGGACUAAAGAGUGCUGUCGUAUCGCAGCAGACCAAUACAGCAUCCCUUACUAUUACAGAUCAGAAGGUGAUUGCGGUAGCAGAAUUACUGCAGACAACAGAUUGAACGGAAAAAUGUUCUCCAAGUGUUGCUCUAACAGAAACUUGGGAUACGCUAGUCAAUAAGUCGAUGGAAGCAAAUAGCUCACUAUAUGAAGUAUGACAUCAACAAUAUACGUCAAGAAUCUGAAUACCUUGUAUGGAAUACAAUACUUUUUAAUCAUGGAUUUCACACAGACACAUAAACAUCGAUUUGAGCAACGAGCAUGAAAUAUGUGUGACCUAGAGGAGUGUUUUGUGUGUAUGAUCGAAGUGCAUUUACUUUGUAAUUAAAUUAUACGCAUAGGUGAAAAAGCAACAUAGAUACGUUUCUACAAAGAAAUACUAAAUACUAUCAAAAAGAUUGUUACUAAGAGUGAGAAUUUUCAAAAUAAGACACCUUAAAAUACUGCCUAAAUCAGCCGGAAGUUUGUCACUCUCUUCCUUACGAGCGCAAACGAAAUAAGCCUCUGUAGGUGGUCCCAGUUGGGAGUAAUCCUGCGCCAUUGCUUGAAGUGCUCAGUGGUGAGGGUACUCAUGGCACCUCCCGCACCAAACACAAUUGGCACAAACGUAACUGGAACAUGGUCACGAUACUUGAGGACCUUCUUGUGGGCUUGAUGGUUCAAACCGACUCGAAUUAACUCACUACCACUCUUCUUCUGCCAGUCCUUAGUAACUUGUUGAAUAUAGGGGACUAAGGCUAUUGACGAAUGAACAGUGAUAUCAUGCAUCGUAAGUGCACCAGAACCAUUACUCUCCUUGAGGACCAGAUCCAUUCGCUUAUUGUCCGAGCUUCCUAACGGCAUCUCCAUGUCAACCUUGAGGCCAGAAGCACUCAGAAACUUCGCGAGAUAGUUCCUGAUAGCAUCGUGUCUCUUUGUUUUCAUUUGAACCCGAUCACGACAGACAUCGUCAUGACCUGGAACAUUCCGUUGACCACAUUGACAUAUCUGGGCCGCACCUGGGCAAGUGUACG